AACGUAAGAAGAUCAAUUCCACCGAUGUUUUUGUGAUGUGGAUAUUUCGGAUCUAGUCUAGUACCCAGGUGAUCCUAAAUAUAAGAGAUCAAUUCCACGGAUGUAUCUGUUGUUGUUAUUCUUAUUUCCUACAGUACAGUCAUGUAAUCCUACUCAGACACCCGCACAUACAAAAGUAAAGUAGAAUACAAAGUAAAGUAGGGCUUCUCACUUUCUCAGUCCUCUAAUAGAACCCACUCUUACUUUUAAAAGCGUUCUUUCAAGACCAGAAACACAAUUUUGAGAGCUCCGAGUUCCAUCUCCAGUUUCAGUUUGAAUCAUGUUUUCCACCAAAGAAAUGCCUUCACCAUCUUCAUUGUUCUCUGCUUACGCCUCUAUGACUGCUUCAAUUGUUCUGUUUCGAUCAAUGGCCAAUGAACUCAUACCACACCCAGUCAGGGGCUAUCUUCUCUCCACCUUCCGUUACUUCUUCAAGCCUCGCUCGCAAGUCCUUACAUUAGUCGUAGAUGAGCUUGAUGGAAUUUUGCGUAAUCAAGUCUAUGAUGCUGCAGAGACGUACUUGUGCACAAAGAUCAGUCCGGAUACAGAUAGGCUCAAAGUAUGCAAAACACCAAAAGAGAAGAAAUUAACAAUUAAGCUUGAAAAGGGUGAGAAGAUUGUUGAUAAUUAUGAAGGGGUUGAACUCAGAUGGAGAUUUGUUUGUGCGGAGGCUGAGAAGAACAACCCACAUGAUCAUUUCCCUUCAAGAUCUGAAAAACGAUUUUUUGAGCUAGGUUUUCACAAGAAACACAAAGAUAUGGUAUUGAACUCUUACCUGCCAUUUAUAGUAGACAGGGCGAAGACAGUUAGAGAGGAACACAGGGUCUUGAAAAUGCACACCCUUAGUAACUCUCAGUCAUAUGGAGGUAUUGUAAGAUAUUGGGAAGGUAUCAAAUGGGAUUCAAUCAAUCUGGAACAUCCAUCAACGUUUGACACUUUAGCGAUGGAACCGGAUCUGAAGAAUGCCGUAAUAGAGGACCUUAAUAGGUUUGUUAAGAGGAAGAAGUUCUAUAAAAGAGUAGGGAGGGCAUGGAAGCGUGGUUACUUGUUGUAUGGGCCUCCAGGGACCGGGAAAUCAAGCCUGGUAGCCGCCAUGGCAAAUCACCUUAAGUUUGAUGUGUAUGAUUUACAGCUUGCUAAUGUAAUGCACGAUUCAGACUUGAGGAAGUUGUUGCUGGCAACUGGAAAUCGAUCAAUUCUUGUGAUUGAAGACAUUGAUUGCACUGUUGAUUUGCCAGAUCGACGACAUGGAGACGGACGUAAACAACAUGAUCAUCACCUACAGUUGACACUAUCUGGACUACUAAACUUCAUAGACGGUCUAUGGUCAAGUUGCGGAGAUGAAAGAAUCAUCGUAUUUACCACAAACCACAAGGAGAAGCUAGACCCUGCAUUGUUGCGUCCUGGACGCAUGGACAUGCACAUUCACAUGUCCUAUUGCACAUUUCAUGGGUUCAAGAUGUUGGCCUCUAAUUACUUGGAAAUCGAUGGUUAUCAUCAACUCUACGAAGAAAUCGAAGAAUUGAUGAAGAAUACAGAAGCCACACCGGCUCAAGUUGCAGAAGAAUUGAUGAAGAGCGAGGAUGCCGACAUCGCCCUUGAAGGACUGGUGAAGCUUCUUAAGAGGAAGAAUUUUGAAGCUGAGGAUCAAGUAGAUGAAGCUGAAAAUAGAAUUGUAACCCAGCGAGCUGCAAAGAGACAGAAGAUUGAAAAGAAACCCAAGAGGCCAGUCCGGGCCACCAGAAGAAAGAUUACCAAAAGAAGGUACUAGUGUGUGUUGGUGUUUCAGAAUCAGCAAAUAAAACUUUGGCAUUGCUUGUAACUACAUGCCUGCAUAUAUAUAUUUAUGGGUAUCCUAUUAACAAAAUGUUUCUGAAAAUGCUGGAAUUUAGAAAUCAAAGAAUCUGUGAAGAGUUACUGGAGUUCUUAUACUUGUUAGUGAAGCCCUGUUGGAAUCUGGAUGUAAUGCCAAUCUGCCUAAUUUAUUAUAAGCCCAACUUUUAAGAUUGAAA